AUGGCUACGAGUUGCAGCCGGGCUCUCGCAGCUGGCGUGCAGCGCGAGUUUGUGCAAGGCAGAGCGGUCACUUCCGAAGUCCUCUUAACACGUGGUCGCGACAACCAGACCGUAGCCUUCUUCGAAGGCGACCAAAUUUUAGAUGAUGACACACGAGACCUUCUUGGGGCGCAGCGCUGGUCGCCUGAAUCCCACCUGGCCAUGCUUCGCCCCCAUACAGGCGACGGCCCCUCGCUCCUCCUCGUUAUGCCAACAACACUGGCCCCAGGCGGCCAGGCCUGUUUUGGCAAUUUCCUAGGCGCCAUGACAGCCGCGGGGGAGCCCCUGGGGUUCAGACCUCAAGGCUUCCUGGCAGCAGCCCACCUGGCGGCCAUCCUGGCGGCAUGCGGAUGUGGGGCUGGCGGCGGCGGCGGUGCAGGCGACAAGGUUGGCGGCGAUGAUUCAGGUGGCAGCGGCGGUGGCAACUGUACCACCUCCCAGGGACGGGUUGGCAGCGGCGGCAGCAAGCACCUGGCGGAGUGGAGGGGGGCGCCACUAACUCUGAUCGGGUUCUCCAAGGGCGCUGUUGUGGUGAACCAGUUGCUGGCGGAGGUGGCCUGGCACGAGCAGGAGCUGCACGGGCCGGCAGCGUCCCGGCAAGCCGUAGCACCGGCGGCGGAUUUGGAUGCGGGGCUCAAUUGCCGUGGAGUGCAUCUCACCGACCCGGCCGUGGUGGCUCAGAUAGGGAGGAGACACCGGAGACUGCCCCUCGUCGUACAUUUGCACGGCACACCGAGGCAAUGGGGUGAGAUGUGGCCGACCCGGAGGGAAUGUGUAUUGGAGCUGGAGGCGGGACUGCCGUACGUGUACGGCAUUACGGCCUCCCCAGCGAUGUACGCGGCGCCAGUGCUAAAGGCCAUGGUGCUCAACGGCAUUCUGCGAGUGGCGCUGGUCUGGCAGUACGGCGGGUACGAUAGUGAUGACGUCAGCGGAGGUGGCGGCGGCGGCGGCGGUAGCUCACUGGUGGCGGCGGUGUGCGAGGGCGCGCUGGCGCAGCUGCCAGGGCUGCGGCAGCUCCGUCCUGAUAUGCGGCUUCAGAACCUUUCCUUCAGCGCCGCCGAAGCCGCGACGCCGGGCUUCUUCCGUCGCCUGGUUGACGCGGCCAUUGCCGCGGGCGCACAGGCGCUGGUCGGUUGCGGACCGCCGGCGGCGGCGGAGGGCCUGGCGGAGGCAGCGUUGGCGGCGGCGGCGGCGGGACGGCCCCUGGCGGCGGUGUUCCUCAUCGACAGCUCGACGCAACCUGGCUUCCUGCAGGCUUCCAGGGGCGGUGCUGGUGCCGGCCUGCCGUACGGUCUAUCAGCAACGCAAUGGAGCAGUGCAGCGCAGUACAGAGACGACUUUUUUGGUUCUGCAGCGGCGUACGGCAAGCAGUUCGCCGCUUGGGCAGGAGUGCCAGCAGACGCUGACGCAGCCGGCGCGUCGGCAGCAGCACUGACCCUGGCACUGGCGCUGCGCACGGCGUUUGUACGGUGCAACAUCAGUCGCGACGUCGUACUGCUUGGCGACGCUGACAGGCUGUUGUACGACCCGACGGCGCUGACUUGUAGCGGUCCGCUGGGAUGGGUCGUGGCCGCCGCCAACGGCAUGACAGCACAGCUGGCCGCCGUGCCGUACACUGGUACGCCGACGACGGCAGUAGCGGCCGCGACGACUAUGAGCACUGCCGUGACGGCUGUGUUCAACGUCACGGGGUACGGUAUGGUGUCGCAGUCUCUGUCGCAUCAGCGUGUGGAGACGUUUUACGGCCCGCACCAGCAUCCAACGGAAUCUGCCGGAUGGAUCAACGGCAGAGGCUCAACUCCAUUCCUGGCCAGCUCGCAGGUCUACUUUAUCCAGGUUACCACCGUCCAUCGGUUAGGGGCACUCUUACCUUCCACUAUCAGAAGGAUUUUCUCGACCCUGACAGGUCUCGAUCCCGGAACCUCCGGGGGCAUGUAUGCAUGUAUGCAGGUGCAGUUCGAUGCCCAGGGCCGCAAUGCGGCCAAGCCGCCCCUCACCACACAGCUCCUGCCCGUUACCACCUCCACCACCACCACCGCCACCACCACCGCCACCACCUCCACCACCUCCACCGCCCCCGCCACCGCCACCACCACCACCGCCCCCGCCACCACCGAUCCGGAUCCGGAUCCAGGCAACGUGGCGGGGGGCACUUCCAGCGGGUCGUCAAACUCCUUCGUGGCGGUGGUGUUGCCGCUGGAGGCCGCUAAUGGGUUGCUGGUGGUGCAGGGACAGCAGCAGCAGCAACAACAACAGACAACGACCACUGCACAGAGCGGCUCUGGUGCCGUACUGGGUCCCGGUUUCGUAGUGGGCCUUAUCGUGGGCGGUCUGGUGCUGCUGGGGUCACUGACGGCCGUGGGGUGUGUGUAUCGGCGACAGAGGCGGCGGCACCGCAACCUGUUUGGGCAGGUCCGUCCCCCCGGCGCGGGUCCCCACACCACCCUAUGCAUCACCGACAUAGACAGCAGCACGACUCUGUGGGAGUCACUACCUGCCAGUGCGAUGGAGGCGGCGAUGGAGGUGCAUGACGCGACCUUACGCAGCUUGGCGACGUUGCAUGACGGCUACGAGUCGGCCAACGAGGGAGAUUCUUUCGUGUUGGCUUUUCAUGACCCUUUCGAGGCGGUACUCUUCGCCGUGAAGGCCCAGCAGCAGCUGCUGCUAGCCAAGUGGCCCGAUGCGCUGCUGCGACAUGAAAAGGCCGAGGCGGUGUUCAUGACACUGGUCAGCGACAGUUCCCUCCUGACCUCCGCCUGCAGCACAUCCUCCUGGUGCGCACAAAUGAUGCAAGUAGUCCACAGCAAGGCCAUAACCGCACACGCCCCCCGCGGCGGCGGCGGCGGCGGCGGCGGUGGUGGCGGCGGCGGCGGAGGACGACUGGGGCCGCUGGGCCUCGCCCUGGGGCUGGGCAGUUUGACCGGCGGAAGGGGGGAGUCGUUGAAUUUCGGCCUCCGCGCGCAUGGACUUCAGAAAACGAUGUGGGAGGCCGCGCGCAGUGUACGGCGUCGCCUGGCGUCCGUCAGCGGCGCGGCAGGGGGGAGUCCUAGCACUGGGCCCGACCCUUUGAGGCAGAGCAGUGGGCAGGCAGCGGCGGCGGGGAUGGCGCCGGCAGCGCCAGGCAGUGACAGCGGAAUCGUGAUGUCGUGGGUUGGUGGCAGCGGCGGCGGUGGCGACGGCGACGGCGACGGCGAUGGCACGUUUGAGGUGGCGAUGGCGUCAAGAGGACACCUGACGGCGGCGGCGGUGGCGGCGGCGGCGGCAGGGACAGCGACGGGGGAGGCAGGGGCAAGUGGCUUGCAGGUCUUCGCUGCCGGCGGCGGCGGCGGCGGCGGCGGCGUCCGAAGCGGUGGAAUAGGCGGGGACUGGGACCGUGUUCAGUUGCGCGGCUACUCCUCGGGUCAGGUAGUCCAAAUCAGCGGAUGUAGUACUGGCGGCGGCGGCGGCACAUCACCGGUGGGGACGCCGUCGGCUCUUCGUCCGCGACCUAGGGCAUCUCUGUCGUACGGCAAUAUGCUGCAUUUGCAGUCACGCUUCGCCGCUACAGGCGGCGGCAGUGGCAGCAUAGCGGGCGGCGGCGGCGGCGGCGGCGGCGGCAGCUGGAUUAGCCGUCAGGUUCAGUCCCAACCGCCCGCAGGCUUUCCCCCGGGACCCUCCCCUCUCUCGGCCCCGUCACCCCCGCCAACACAACACCACUCCCACAACAUCGCUAGCGCAACAAGUACCCCACAAACCACCACCACCAACAACAACAACGGCCAUCACAACAACCACAACAACCAACACGAGCACCGCCGACACCAAACAGACAGCACUGCCCAAGACACGGACGCGGCCGUGGCGGCGGGUACGGCAUCGGAAGCGGCUGCCGUACAGCUGCAUCAACAGCAACAACAGAAGCAACGACCUCUUAGCAGCUUCAACGGCUUCAGGCCCCCGACAGCAACGGACUCCGCAACUGUCGCGGCAGAAUCUCCCAGCACCGCCAGCGCCGCCAACGCCCAUGCAGGUGACGUCAAUCAUUUUCCUCUUCUCACUGCGACAAGCCGACUGCAACCGGGAGAGACGCAGCAGGAGCACCGGCCGCUGCUGCCGCCACCGCUGCCGCCGCCAUCGCCGCCGCCGCCAUCGCUGCCGCCGUCACCACCCCAGCAGCAGCAGCCAGGGCCGGCUCUGGGAGGACCCUGCGCUGGAGAGGGGAUUGUCGCUGACGGCGCCGAUCCCGUGGCGUCGGCGGCGGCACUCGUUUCCAUGGUAUCGACGGCGGCGCUGGCGGCCCUCGCGACCUCCGGCGCGCGCAUUUCCAGCAGCUCGGCGGCGGGUACUGUCGUACAAGGCGUCAGCGCGACGGAGGAAGUGCUCGCCAUCUUCGCCCCCAGCUGGCGGGACAUGAUACCCCGUUUCAGGGGCAGCGCCACCGGUGCCGACCUAUCCACGCUCCACUCCCGCACCUCCUCCCACCACCGCACUCGCCUGGCGGCCCUGGGCCAGCUGGGUCUGCCCCCGGAGGAGCUGGCGGCCGCACUGGCCACCCAGAUCCCCUCGCACGAGACCGCGGUCCUGGGGCCAGCCGGGACAGGGCUCAGGAACGACGUGCUGGGCAGGCUGCUCAUGAACAUGUUCAGACGCGCCCGACCAAACGACCAGCCGCGCUUCCUGGUACACCGGGGGUUGCGGGUGCGGAUGGGGCUGCACUCGGGACUGGAAGACCCACACGCAAUUUGCAUCAACAAAGCAUCCGGAAGGACGCAGUACGGAGGCUCCUUCCUGACCAUCGCCAAGCGCACUUCCGACGCCGCCAACGGUGGCCAGAUCUGCCUCACGGACGAGACGUACCGACAGAUUCCCGCGCGAUCUGUACUGCAUCGCGGCUGGGUACUGCAGAUGGGCCACCACCACCUCGGCGGCGAGUACUACACGUUCAGUGGCGGCGGGGAGGAGGAGGGGGGGGAGUGCGAGUAUCAGCUAUACCAGGUGGUGGGUUACGACCUUGCCGUACGGUUGGCCCUGCUGCCCCCCCUCCGCACCCCCGCCUGUCUCAUCAGCGGCUGUCUGUCCGCCCCGGUGGGGACUCUGGCCAUCGCCUUCAUGUACGUACAUGCCGUACAGAGCUUGAUGAGCUGGAACAGCGAGGUUUCCCUGGAGGCAGUGGAGCUGUUCCACCGGGUCGCCUCCUGCCGGUGUAAGGACCACGGCGGGUACGUGUCCGAGGGCCAGGAGGGGCUGGUGCUGGCGGCCUUCAGGGACCCGGCGCAGGCGCUGAUGUGGGCACUGACAACCCAGCAGGCGCUCGUACAUGAGCAGUGGGACCCCCUGCUUCUGAUCUCCACGAUGCCGCCGCCGCCACCGCCACCACCGCCACCACCGCCGCCGCCGCCGCCGCCGCCGCCGCCCCCGCCGCCCCUGUAUCAACUGAUGCCGCCGGCGCUGCGGCCGCCGCUGGCGUCGGCGGCGUCGGUGGUCUGGGUGUUGAUGCGCGGUCUGCGGAUGCGAGUGGGCAUUGAUGUAGGCCGCCUGAAUGAGAGCCUCUCGCCCGCCAGCUCCGCCGUCGUGUACCGCGGCAAGGCGAUGAACCGCGCGGCUAGGAUUGGUUCUCUCGCCAGCGCCUCACAGAUCCUGUGCAGCGCCGCCGCCUGGCGCUGCGCCGCCGCCAGCACCUCAGUGGAUGUCUCCACUCGCAUCAACGCCGUCAGCCUGGGCCGACACGUUCUGCGAGGGGUUUCGGAGCCCAUUGAGGUUUUCCACUGCAAACUCAGGGCAACGGAACUGGCAACGUCGCCGCCGCCGCCGCCGCCGCGAAGCGGCGAAGUCGCCGCCGCCGCCGGCGGAGCAGCGCCGGAGGCGCUGCUCGUACCGCCGCCGCCGUGCCUGGCGGUUCCGACAGAGCUGACGCUGGCGGGCGGCAGCGGUGCGUCGUCCUCAGGGGGGGGGAUGCCGCCGGCCCGUGAGUCCCGGGAAUCCCGGCGGCAACGGAUGCGGGAUGCGGAGCUGGCGAACCUGCUGCCUUCGCCGUCGCCGGCGGCGGCGGCGGCGGCAGCAGCGGCACCGCAGCUGUCGUUACCGCUGCCGUCUCGGCUGUCUGUGACGACACAGCGUCAACCGCAGCAGCCGUACAGUUACACCGGGCCACGGCAAACGCUUCUUUCGGACUCACAGACUCUUAGCACGGGCUUUGACCACAACGACACGCCGCGACUUCGCACCUCCCACCUGACGUUGCUACAGCCGCAUGGUAAGGGUCUUCGGAGCAGUGCAGCGUCGGUGCCGCUGACGCCGCCGGCGGCCGCUGCAGCUGCCGCUGCCGCUGCUGCGGCCGCCGGGGACGAUUACGGACGGGGAACUCGGCCUCACAUUGCCGCGGCCGGCACUGCAGCCCUCUGCUCGGACGCUGCUGCGCCGUACCAUGACGGCUCUCCGUCGAGGCCGUUUGCAGCAACGACCCUGAUGGAUUGGGGGAACGGCGGCGCCGUCAGAGAUGACGACGACGACGGGGUUGCCAACCUGCCCACCACCGCAGCUAUGGACUCGGAUGACGGCGACCGCGUCACCGCCGCCGCCGCCGCCGCCGCCGUGGCAAUGGCGGCGGAGGCGGCAGCCGUCCACAGCGAUGUUACUUCUCGCAGCGUGGUCAUUGCCGCCUCCCUGGACGAUAUCCCUGGUGGUUCCCAGCUGGCGUCGCCCGUCAGUUUCCCGUACGGCACCGGCGCCGUCAGCUACCUAAACACAGCCGACGCCGGCUACGUCAUUACUCCCUUUAGCGUCCUAUCCCCAAGGGGGGAAGCAGACCGGGCCGUAGCGCCAAGCAGCCCUCGCCCGUUCGGGCCGCUGUGCUGUACAACCCGCAACGACAAAUGGCACAGCGGCCCGAACGCAGUAGUCCUGCGUGACUUCGUGGCGCCGGCGGCGCGUGUUGGCGGCGGCAGCAGCGGCCCGGGCGUCCGCAGCGGGCCCGGCGGCAACUCCGGACCCGUCGUCGUCGCCGCUGGCGUGGGCGGCCGCGCUGGUAACGGGGAUUCAUCUUCGGGUCUGAAGUCGGCUCUGACGGGCGCUGUGGGGACGUCUGGAACUCUGGGCCUGAAAGAGAGCUUUGCCGCCAUGGCGUCGGCGCUGAUGGCGCUUGGCGGCGGCGGCGGCGGUGGCGGCAACCACCAUCACAACCAUCAUCCGCCAUCAUCCGGCGUCUACCUCCAUUCGCCGCCACCGCAGUCGCUCAUGGCCGAGGCGGCGGCGCCGCCACCGCGUCAAAGGGCCCCGCGGUCCCUUUCGGGACACCCGACGGCGGGGGUGGCGGGAGGAGUACUGCUGCUUGGCGACACGGCGGCGCCGCCGCCUUGGCGUUCUCGGCGGCGGUCUGUUUUGCACACUCGCGCCGCGGCAGCGGUGGACUUGGCGGCGGCGGGCAUGAGCGGGGGCUCGCUUAUGUCCUCCCGAGCAGCCGUGGGCUCGAGCAGUGCCAGCCGCGGCGCCCGGGUGGGGCCCGCGCUGUGGGGUGGCGGCAGCAGCCAGAGCCGGGCGGGUACGGCACCCUUCCUGGAUGUCAGUGUGGGUUUUGACGGAGGGGGAGGUGGAACAGAAGGAGGAGCAGGACACCUGCCGUAUUCGAGCGCGCCGAGGACCUCGCGGACCCAUGGGUCACGGCCGUUCGGUGGCGCGCACGCCAACUACACUCCGUACGCCAGCGACGGCUCGUCGCCGUACUACUACCUGGAUGACGCCGACAACGAUAAGUACACCACCGCCGACGCAGCCGUGCCGCGACCUGAUGACGCCACACCAGAUGGUGACUCCCCUGACGGAGCCGCCGCCGCCGCCGCCGCCGCCGUCGGCGACGACGUUGGCGGUGACGGAGAGCCCCGGCGGCGGCGGCGGCGGCUGCGGGUCCCGGAUGUCCCCUAUGGCGGUUUCGGCCCUCCUGGCUCUGAGCCGUACUUCCUAUCUGAUCGCACCCCGCCCGACCACCGAAUGAGUGUAGACGGUGGGCGGGAAGUGGGCGACAGCGACAAGGGGGUAGAGAUGGAGGUGGAGCUGGGGUCUAACAUGGUGACGUUGGUGGUGCCCACGUUUGAGGAGUCUUGA